GUGCGUGAUAUAAGCCCCCCCCCGCCUCCUUUUCCUUACAGACUCGCGAGGCCUUCCCCGCUGCUUGGUGAUGGGAAGAUGAAGUAAGUUCAUGGCCGAGAGAAGCUAUUGACGAAUCCGUCCCUAGAUACAAAACUCGUCAAGCUCUAUCGCUCCCCUGUUUUCUCCGUUGGUCUGCCCCUCAGGCUGGAGCGCGGUGAAAACGUGGACGAAUAAUUAUAUCGCUUGCUGCGCAUCGUAAGUGGAAUAUACAUCUGCGAUAGACCCGCGAACCUUUAGACAAAUUAUAAGAUAGAGGGUGAAGGCGGAGUGAGCACAAGUGAUAGAGGAGGACGUAGGAGCCAAGCGAGUCAAAUAUAUCAUUAAUGAUGGCAUAAAUAUGACAUUUUCUGAUGGUGGUGGUAGUGGCUUCCUAUUCCACCCGCCGGCUACAACGGCGGACGCAGACCGGCCCGCAUAUGGAGGCACCUGUUACAGCAACUUCCAAGUCGGAGAGACUUUCAAAGUCACGGCGUAUGAUAGCGCUGGUGUAACAGCGACGGUCAGUUGGGUCGCCACGGCCACGAACGACCAGGUUUACGCGCACCCCAUAGAUGGAUUUCAAAAUUUCACCAGCACACCGUCUGCCAAAGUAUCAGGAGGUGUGAUGGCUGGAAUCGUGCUCGGCAGCAUCGCCGCCCUCCUUGCCCUCCUCGUCGCUGCUCUUCUCCUGCUCUGGCGAUACCGGCGAAGAAGAGACACCGCUCUCCCUGGUAGCUCCGGCCGCCUCCCCCAAGACUGCCAAGAUACUCCGCCGUGGCAGUUGGUCAAGGAGCUUCGGCCAUCGUCCAGCAGCAACGGUUCCUCGGCGGCGCUUUAUCACCAUUCUACGGCUACGGCGGCAUACGUUAGUAGCGGUGCGCUGGCAGGAAAUGAUAGCGGCCAACGGGUUGAAAUCGGGUUCCAGGAACCGAGGGAGCUGGACUCGGUGGGGACGGAGUCGCAGAAUAUGCGUGAUCGGGCUACGGAUAAGGUGUUGCGUGGGCAGUUGUGAGGGAUGCACAAGAUAUAUGGAGGCCGGAUAGAGAGAGAGGUAGAGAGAGAGGUUAGGGGGAUAGCACGGAGCAGCUGUUCCCAACUGCCAGUUUAGUAUGUAUUAUAUUGUACAAUAGAAC